UGUAUUUUGUAUCCGCACGGCACACAUAGCCACAUAGUACACAGCGUUGUUGAUCUGUGCAGCCGGGAUGGCUGAGCGUUGUGCCGGCGUCGAUAAGGGCCUGAUACAAAUUUGAAGUUGCCGUAACGUAGCUCAGCCACUGAACACCGUCGCGUGCACGGAACUGCGACAUCGACGCACUGCCGGCCGAAUGGCGCCGCGGCGCAAGCGGCUGUUGUCUUCUUCGCCGGACAGCGGCAAAGGCAGCAGCAGCAACGAAUCGUCGUUGACCGAGUCGGACGUUACGUGCCCGGUGUGUCUGAGCAUGGUGGUCGAACCCGUGACGAUGCCUUGCGCGCACGAGGUGUGCAAGUCGUGCUUCACGAGCACCGUGCUCAUGGCCAACAAGGAGUGUCCAAUGUGUCGCAUGCGCAUCGCAUCGUGGGCGCGCAGGGCAGCCCGCGAGGGCACUUUGGUCAACCGAGCGCGCUGGGAGCUCAUCAAGACCCGCUUCCCGAGGCAGGUUGCAAGGAGACUGAGCGGAGAGGACAGUCGAGCAGGAACCCCGCAGCGGAUCGUGUUGCGACCACUGUGCAUGCCGGGCGAGAUCAGGCGUGAGUACGAGGAACAGCGUCAGCGUGCCGAAGCCGAGUGGCGCCGAGAGCGCGAGCUCGAGGCUCAGGAGGGCGAAGCACUUGCCCAGCGGUUGGCUUCCGAGGAGGAACGGGCGCUGGAGGAGCAGCGACGGCAGAUGCGACGGGACCAGCGGCUCGCCUGCCUCUGGGGUGUGUUCGGGGACACGCCAUCCGUGCUCGCCGCCGUCCCGCUCGUUCGUUCCCUGCUCAUGCCGGAGAACGACGACGACAAUGACAGUGCGUCCUCGUUCAUGCCUCCGGAGGACAGGCCACAAAGUGCCACAAGGAACGCGCCACCGCCGGCGACACCCUUACGUGGCGGCGAAAACAGGCUGCAGUCGCGCAGUGUGCAGACGGCCCUGCUAGAGGUGCAACAACAAGAGACGCAGACGAGCGAGCACGGUGAGGAUGCCGCGGCAUCCUACCUGGAAGACUUGCAGCUGGCACGUCGCAUCCAGCGGCAGCUGAACCGAGAGAGCAGAAGAAUGCCCAGCCGCGUCUACAACCUGCGCCCUCGUGCUGUUGACUGAUGCAACGGAGCGACUGUACAUACGUUUAUACAUUUCAUGCACAGCACUCGUUCAGUUGCAUUUACCCGUCAUACGGGCCAUGGUGCUUUUCUUUUUUCUUGAUGCGCUUUAUUUUUACGUUAAUCCUGUUUUAGAGUUCAGUCACUGGUCCCACAGAGGAGGAGGAGAAGGACAAAGCUUUUAUUGAAGACCAGUGAAAAUGGUUUCUUCGAUUACGGGAGGCGAAGACGCUUAGUUGGCCAGGAGCCCCUGGUCUUUGGCCUCUGCCCGGCCCGUGAUCCAGACCUACCCGCCGAGGUCGAAGCUGAGCAGUGCGGCCUCCCACUGCUCUGUCGUGGUAAUUUGCAAGCCCUGCGGGCUACCAUGGAUACAUAUACCGAGGUAGCCCAUCUCGGUCCACAUUGUCGCGCGCUUGUGACGUUGCGAAGAAUGCAGCAGCCAAAAUUGCGCAGGUUGAGCCAUUUGUUGGGCAAACUUGUGCCGGGCAAAACAAAACACUCACGCUUACAAUGGGCCUCUUCGGUUUUUGCAGUUCUGGCAAUCCGCUGGUAGCCAGCUGGUUCUGAUUCCGAUAUGAAACGACGCCGUGGUCACGUAUUAUGGCAGCCCGAAACAACUCAAACCUGCCCGGAGGUCACAAAAUCGAAUGCUGGGACAGCCAGCGUAAAUGUAAGCAAGCACUACAGGCAUGAUGACAAUGGCCGAAACUUCAUGCCGCAUGAGCGCAUGUAGUCUGUUUUUCUGCGUCGCCUGCUUGUAAAUAUCUAGCUGUAGGUUUGCCAGCUGAGACGAAGCAAUAUUCAAGCGAUUGCAUUUGGAGAUGUGAUUGCGUACAUUACAGUGUAGAAACUGCACUGUAAAAUUCUUGCCUCCGAACAAAACUGCUGGCACCUUUAGAAUGGCGUGCAGCUAGCUGCUGCGCUGUGGACGGGCUUAAUUAACAAUAAUGUCACCCUUUGCUCAGUGAAACAAUUGCUGUCUGACACGUAUGUCUGGUACCAUGACGCAAAACCUCGUGAAACUUAUCGCUUCCUCGAAAGCGACAGCUUGAAAACCAAUAAAAACCAAGCUACAGAUGUUUGCUGCCUCACGUAAUUGCAUCAUCUCACACAGUGGAAUGGGCUUUUGAAGAUA